CUGCCAACGUAUUGAAGACGAUUUUCAAGAUGGCGAUGCAAAGUCAAAGAAAGGCGAAUGUUCGCCUGCCACCAGAAGUUAAUAGAAUUUUAUACGUCAGAAACCUGCCAUAUAAAAUAACAGCUGAAGAGUUAUAUGAUAUAUUUGGAAAAUAUGGAGCCAUAAGACAGAUAAGAGUUGGUAAUGCCCCAGACACAAGAGGGACAGCAUUUGUUGUAUAUGAAGACAUAUUUGAUGCCAAGAAUGCUUGUGACCACUUAUCAGGGUUUAAUGUCUGUAACCGAUAUCUUGUUGUCUUGUACUAUCAGUCUAAUAAAGCUUUCCAAAAACUGGAUAAAGAAAAGAAGAAACAAGACUUAGAAAAAAUGAGAGAAAARUAUGGAAUCGGAAAAGACAAAUGAGCAACCAGUCCAGCUGCAUAUCUAAACAAACAUUAUUGUAUUUAACAUUCCUAGUUCCCUUACACUACUCUCUGCACUAGUCUACUCWAGUGGUAUAGUGUAUUUCUAUAUACUAGAUAGGAAGAUUGAAAAGAAUCAGCAAGAGAAAACAUCAGAUUAUUGAUAACUAGGAUUCCUUUUUCUUAUAAUUUUAUUCACUCAGAAGUGUUUAUAACAAAAUCCAAAUAAAAUGUAAAUAGCUGUUUAAAAA